AUGAUCGACCUUGGUCUUGCCAGAGUUGCUAGUUUGUUAUCCCGUCUAGGGAACCCGCAACACGCCUACAAAACGGUCCAUAUAGCUGGAACUAACGGUAAAGGAUCGACCAUUGCAUAUCUCUCCUCCAUCUUUACUCGUUCACAAAUUAAAAAUGGACGAUUCACAUCUCCUCAUAUGCUCUUCUAUAACGAUUGUAUUUCAAUCAAUGAUGAAGUGUAUCCAUUAUCCAAAUUUCAAGAAGUGUCACAAUUGGUUCAAAAUGAAAAUAAUUCCCUUCAAUUGGGUUGCACUGAAUUUGAAUUAUUAACUGCAACCGCAUAUAAAAUAUUUGAAUUGGAAAAAGUUCAAUUGGCGGUCAUUGAAGUUGGGUUGGGUGGUAGACUUGACGCUACGAAUGUUUUGGAGCCUCCAGGGUUACUUGCAACCGCAAUUACCAAGAUAGGAAUGGAUCAUGAGAAUUUAUUGGGGAACACUCUCGCGGAAAUUGCCUUUGAAAAGGCAGGCAUAAUGAAAUCUGGUGUACCGUGUGUGGUUGAUCUGACAAAUGACCAACAAGUGUUGGAGGUUGUUGAAGCUCGAUCUAAAGAGUUGCACAGUUCUUUACAUUUGGUGAAUGGAUCCAAAAUCUCUGACACUAUCUUUAAUCGUACACCAUUGAAAGGGAACUAUCAAAGACAUAAUCUCUCGAUAGCACUUCAAGUAAUUGAGCUUGUAAGGAAACAUUUCGAUAUCCCAUCUGAAGCGGUUAAUAGUGGAGUUUCCAAAACCACCUGGCAGGGGAGACUUCAAACCAUUGUGACCAGUUCAGGAAAGGAAAUUCUUCUUGAUGGGGCACACAAUGAAAGUGCAGCCAUUGAACUUGCCAGUUAUUUACAAUCACUUCCAGGGAGGGAUGAAGGAAUAGUGUACAUAGUGGCUUUAACCAGGGGAAAAUCAAUGGAUAAUCUUUUCAAGCAUAUUUUAACUCCUAAUGAUACGAUCAUUCUUACAGGAUUUAGUGUUCCGGAUAAUAUGCCUUGGAUCAGUUCUUCCACUACUGAAGAUCUUGAAAUAGCAGCAAGGAACUAUACCAAGAAUACUUUCCAAUGUUCUAAUAAUAUUAAAGAGGUGAUACAACAAGCUGAGAAAUUAAGUAAUGGCAACAAUAAAAGAAUUGUUAUUUGUGGGAGUCUUUAUUUGUGUGCCGAUGUUUUAAGAUUACAGGCAAAGGAAUGGGUGAAAUAG